AUGGUAACGACGAGAAAGUCCAGAGUAGAAGAGAACGGACAGACAGAGACCUUGAGAAGCCCCCGCCCAGGCCUGACGAUGAAGUCGAUGGCCGAGUUCCAGGAGCAGUUCCUGCCGCCGAUGUUCGGGGUGGAGUUCUGCGUGGCGCUGGUGGGGAACGCGGUCGGCCUGUGGCUGAUGGUGAUGCGGGAGCGCCGGCGGAGCUGGCACACGGGCCUGGUGUUCUCCUGCAACCUGGCGGCCAGCGACCUGCUGUACGCCCUCACCCUGCCCCUGCUGGUGGCGUACUACUCCGACGGGAAGCGCUGGCGCUUCGGGCCGGCCGCCUGCAAGGCCGAGCGCUUCCUGUUCACCUGCAACCUGUACGGCAGCGUCCUGUUCGUCACGGGCAUCAGCGUCAACCGCUACGUGGGCGUGGUGCACCCCUUCUUCGCCCGCAGCCACGUGCGGCCCCGGCACGCCGCGGCGGCCUGCGUCCUGGUGUGGGCCUGCGUGGUCGCCCUCUCGGCCCCCGUGCUGAGCUUCGCCGGCGCCUGCCCCAAAAACGCCUCGGUCGAGUGCUCGUCCACCUGCGCCCGCGCGGACGAGCCCCGCCACUUCGCCUACAGCGUCUUCCUGGCCGUGGUCGGCUGCCUGCUGCCCCUCCUGGCCACCGCCGCCUGCUACGCCGCUAUCUUCCGGGUGGUGUGGAGGAACAGCAACAUCACGCUGGCGGAGAAGAAGAAGGUGGGGCUGAUGGUGGCGGCGGUGCUCGUCCUGUACGCCGUCUCCUUCGUGCCCUACCACGUCCUGCGGAACUACUACCUGUACCAGAAGCUCAACAACGGGACCACGCUGAAGGUGUACAAGGCCUACCAGGUGAGCAAGGGCCUGGUGACACUCAACAUGUGCCUGCACCCCUUGCUGUACAUGGCUCUGAUCGGCAGCGUUCGGACACUCUGCUGUGGUGGGGGGGAACGGGGUGACACCCCCGCCCCUGCGGGACAGAAGUAGUGCCAAGCCAGAAACCCAACCGGGACCCUCCAGUCCGCCGGGUUCCACACCAGAGGGGUGCAAAGCCAGUUGUCGUGGUCAAGAGGUUCAGCUGUUGUUCAGAUGGAAUGUCAGAAUGGGGAGGAAAUUUGAUCAAAGUGACUUUGACCGUGGAAUAAUUGUUGGUGCCAGACAGGGUGGUUUGAAUAUCUCAGAAACUGCUGGUCUCAUGCACAACAGUCUCUAGAGUUUGCAGAGAAUGGUGCGGAAAAACAAAAACGUCCAAUGAGCAGCAAGUGGAUAGACUACAGCAGCAGAAGACCAAUUAGUUACACAGUUAACUCACCUCGCCUGGUUUCGUGGGUUUGAAACGAUGGCUGAUUUUAAGGUGAAAACAAAAGCGAGCACACCCCGCGGCACUCUGCUACAGCUAGGAAAAUUAUAAUACCGUACAUGUACACACCUUCUCUUUCCUGAAAAACACACGUGUGAAUAGCAGACUCAGAUGACCCAGUCAAAAUACAUUGCUCUCCAAGGUAACAACACUUUGUUUGGUUAGAAGGAACCUAUCGAUUAACCUCUUUAGUUGUCACCUCUUUUAUAUCACUGCCUCGCACCUUUACAGCUGGAGCAUUCUAAAACUGCCCAACUUUGGGAUUAUCCUUUGCUAAUACUGCAAUGGAGAGCGAAUAGUUCUAUUGGGGAUUAUCCUUUGCUAAGACUGCAAUGGAGAGCGAAUAGUUAUAUUGGGGAUGAUCCUUCGCUAAAACGGCAAUGGAGAGCAAAUAGCUCUGAAUCACAGUCUUGUGUGGUUGGGAGCUAUUUUUAAAAUUUAUUUAUUUAUUUCACAGGAAUAAAACCAAUGCUUGAAAGAACAAACGUAGUCUUAGGCCCAACUCAGACAAUCAGACAACUAAAAUUGAGGUUUGGUUUCAAUUUCUGUUGUGCUUUUCUUUAAAUGGAAACAAAGAAACUAGUUCCUUUUACCAGUGUUAGACUAUGGUGAUGUUUUAUACACGAAUGCCUGUUUCCGCCUCUUUACACAUGUUGGACACUGCUUACCAUGGCGUAUUAAGAUUUAUCACCUGUUAUAGAUCACUUACCUGUCAUUGCGCUCUAUAUGCUGAAGUGGACUGGCUGCACUUUACUGUCACAUCAAACCCAUCUUACAGAUUACAAUCUCAGGACUAUCUAUAUGCCUCGGUACCCAGAACCCGCACUGAGUUGGUGAAAAGAGGUCUCAUGUUCUCUGCUCCCUCUGCCUGGAAUGGACUUCAAAAAAUGUUUAAAGCUCAAAUUACAGACCUUCUAAAGAAUGAGAUGAGAACAUGCGAUGCUCCACUGUAUAAUGUGGUGUUAUAUUUAUAUUAAUUAACUUGGCCUUCUCUCCCUAGCAAACUUUGCCAUUUAUGUUCUUGUCUGUGUUUGUGUCUUGUUUGUUGUGUUUUGCUGCCAUUUUGGCCAUGUCUUGCUCUCUCAAGUGACUACCUGGUAAACUAAAUGUAAAAUAAUGUUAUGCAUAUAGCUCAGGUUUUACCCAGAAAAGGCCAGGCUACAUCGAAAGUUUAUACUCAGGCUUAUUUGUAAUUCUUUUGAUCAAAGAAAUCCAGGGAUGUUACAUUUUUAGAAUGGCUUUGAACUUUGUAUGUGUGAAAUCAUUCAUGGAAUUUAUUUAAAUUUAAUUUAAAAUGUCAAAUCAAUUAAAAACAUAGCUACCGUGCCAAAUAACCCAACCUAUGUUGUUAACUGGCAUGUUGCACUGUCUCAUAAACCUAUCAACUUAGAGGUGUGUUCAGAGAUGCUCUUCUGCAUACCCCUGUUUAAUGUGUGGUUAUUUGUGUUACUGUCACCUUCCUGUCAGGUUCGACCAGUCUAUCCCUUCUCCUCAUACCUCUCUCAUUAACAACACAUUUCUGCUCACAGAACUGCUCAUUGGAUGUUUUUUGUACCAUUUUCUGUAAACUCUUGAGACUUUGUAAAAAUCACAUGAGACCAGCAGUUUCUGAGACACUGAAAUCAACCUGUCUGACACCAACAAUCAUUCAAGUCAAUUUUUUUCUGCAUUCUGACAUUUGGUCUGAGCAACAGCUGAACCUCUUGACCAUGUCUGCAUGCUUUUAUGCAUUUAUUUGCUGCCACAUUUUUGGCUGAUACAAUAUUUGCAUUGACAAGCUGGUGUACAGGUCUUGCCUAAUAAAUUGCAUCUAUAUUUGAGAACAAA